UUUUAAUUGUAAUUUUUUAAUUGUUUAUUAAUUUAUCUUUUUUUCUCUUAGAUAUUAAUUUUCAAUUAAAUGUAAAGGUAAUUUUAUUUAACAUUGUUUGAAUUUAUGUAUAAAAUAUUGUAAACAUUGACAGAAGUUGUUAGAAGCUCAACCCUGACCUUUAUUACUUCAUUGGCAGAAUUGUUUUGUGAAGUUCUCAUAUGAUGUUUGCUUUAAUCUGGAUUUUUUUAACCUAUUUUGAUAUUCAGUCUGCAGGCGCUUCCGACCUAUACCCAUAUGGCUUAGAGCAUGGAGACAAUGUGAUGAAAUCAGAUUAUGAAAUAUUGAAGCUAUCAAAACCGAUUCUUCUUACUGAGCGUUACAACGAAAUAAAGAUUGAUAAAGGUGGCUUGCUCAGUUACGGCUAUAGGAAUAGAGGCUCAAUAAAAAUAUACCAGAAAACCAGUCGUGAUUACAGUUCGGGUCAUGUUUAUUACCGAGAGACCUAUGAUCAGCAUUUCCUAUCAAAAGCGAACAUUGACGUAAAAAAGCACGCUAAAAAAGAAUUCGCUGCAACACAAGGUGUUGUAGCUACAUUUAUCAAUAUGACUAUUUAUUUGCACAACACCCGAAAAGAAACUUUUCAGGCUGUGAUUGUUUCUAACAACUCUUCAACGUUUAUAAUUUUAAAUUAUUACCGUUUGGAUUUGAACGGCGCCGAAAUUGGCUUUUAUGAGUCAUUUUGUGUAUGGAAGCCUAUAUAUACUCCCAAGACAAGCAAAAGAGUACUUGCCACAUCCAACAUUGGCAUAAGAGGUCGACAUGUUUUUGAAUUUAAUUUUCGCUGUGAACAACCAGAACUUUAUCCAUAUGGCUACGAAAACGGAGACAGAAGAAUCAGUUCUAAUAAAAGAUACGAAAUUCUGACGUUAUCUAAGCCAUUUUUAUUUUUCUCGCAGACAGUCCAAAACCUUUAUAUAUAUCCAAACGGUAUCAUUUCUGCUGAAGAACCAAUAAUUGAUGAUGCACCUUUGAAAUUACCAGCACCAUAUAUUGCAUUUAUGUUUACUUUAUCUAUGCAAUCGGCAAGCCUAGGCAAAUCUGAAAAGAUAUACUACAGAGAAAGCUUUAAUCAAGCUCUUCUCGGAAAUCUUACUGCUGUUGUACACAGAUACAUUGGCAACAUAAAUUUCACUGCGUCGCAAGCCGUUAUCGUAACUUACACUGAUUUGGAAUGGAACCUGAAUGAAAACUUUACUGUAACUGCACAAAUAAUUUUCAUUUCUGAUAGCGUGUUAACUUAUUACGUUGGCAACUUUGUGUCUUUGCGUGCUCCUUAUAUUGGAUUUACAGAAUGGUUUUGCCAUCAUAAGUAUUUUUACCAUGACAAUGGGGAAAAAUACUGGAAAAAAGACGUCCAAUCUGGAUUUCAUAUUGACAAUAAUGUUCGCACAAGGGGCCGAAGUGUCCUGCUUUUGUCUUCUGGCCAUUGUGUGGUCCCAGGUUUGUACUCUUUUGGUUUGCUUCACGGGGACGUAAUAUUCACCAAAUCACCACACAUUGAGUGCGCUAAUUUCUUUGUUAAUAUUUCUAAUGGAUGGAAGAAUUUUGGACACACAUAUGUUGGCUUAUUAGAUAUACUGACAUUGUAUUUGCCUAUGUCAAUUGCAAGUGACAGCUUUAUUCGUUUGUGUACUUACCCUUCUUACUUAAAACAAAAUCGCAUUUACUUUCGAGAAAUAAGAACAAAUAAUGAAUUGCUCGGUGCUAAUGAGGAAAUUUACAAACACAUCCAGGCCAACUUCACUGCAUCUAAAGCGUUUUUGUUGACAUAUAUUGCUGGAUCCGAUGAAACCCAAUUUCAUGCAUGGUUCGAGAUGCAAGUUUUAGUUGCUACGGAUAAUUAUUCGAUUUACGUUGUUGUCAACCGUACAAAGCACACCUGCAGAUACGAAUGGUGCUCACAUUUGAAGGCGCUGGUUGCUUCAGGUCGUAAUUUGGAACUUUUAUAUGACAAUAAAGGUUUUAACGUGUAUAAAUAUGUUGCUACACAUUUAGCUCCAGAACUAUUUCCAUAUGGUUCAAAGUAUGGAGAUGUGAGCAUGAAUGCAACGAAAAAUGCAAUAGGAAAACUGGUUCUAGAGAAGCCAAUUUUGUUUCUAUCCAAUAAUGCAUCCGAACUAUACAUUAAUGAUCAAGGGCGAAUUUCAUCCCUAAAUAUGAGUAAAAAUGAAUAUACCUUUUUUAACCGAUAUCCUGUGAUAAUGAUAUAUGGAAAGCAAUUUGAUUUGACACAAGGAGGAAAGAUUUAUUACCGUGAAACAUUCAAUCCAGUCGUUUUAGCAUUGGCUAACAAAGACAUUAAUGCAUACAGAAAUGCAUCUGAUUAUGUCUCCAAGCAAGCAGUUAUCGUUACGUAUAUUAAUGUGUCUGCAUAUGACCAUCCACAAGAUUUAAACACUUUUCAACUGGUAAUCGCCUCAAAUGGCAACAUUUCCUAUGCUGUCAUGACAUACACAAAUGUAACAUCAGUUAACGCAAAAACAGAAUUCACCGAUGGUUUCUGUUUUACUCAACAAUUCGAGAUAUCUGGAGAUAGUAGAAAAGUCAGCUUUACAUCUAAUGUACAGUUUCCAGGCAAACACGUUUAUCUUUUAACAUCGUCUCAAUGUCGGGGAAACAAAGCAGAUCUGUAUAUGCACAAAACUUACCAUGAAUCGAAUGUUGAUAAAACAAUCAUUUUACCAGUUCCGAUGCUACUUUUUUCAUACAAAACCAGAAACAUAUUUAUAUCUAUUUUAGGAAUGGUUGAAGUAAAUAGAGAGGAAAGAAGUGAUAGUAGAUUUGGGAUUCUUUACCCUCGAACGGCUUCUAUUUACCUGUAUUACGGCGACAUAAAACCCCAUGAUUUCUAUCACGAAUUAUCGUUCGAUCAAGAAACGCUGAAAAAAGCGAAUGCAGACAUCCACUUAUACGGCGAUAUUGCAUUUAAGGCUACAAUAGCAUUGAUCAUAACUUUUUUUGACACGCCUAGCUCUAUUGAGGAGAGUUACCUUAACACCUUCCAAUUAGUGCUUGCGUCAAACGGCAGUGUAACAUAUGCCAUAUAUAAUUUCAUGCGACUGGAUGAUACUUGCACUAGAGUUGGUUUUGAAGAAGAUUUUUGUGGAUCAGUAACACUUGCAAAUAGUGAUUGUAAUAGACUUUUGGACACCUCCAACAUUGGCGUACCAGGAAGGCAUAUCGUAAAAGUCACAUCAAAGUGUCACCAAGCAGAACUGUAUCCUUACGGAGAAGCGCACAAAGACGUUAAAAUGCUUCCAGGUCAGCGCCACAUGGAGAUGUUAAAAUUAAGACGCCCUAUCAACUUAUUUAGAGCUGAAGAGCUUGUUUAUAAUUUAUCGAUAAGUGUUGACGGUUUUGUAACGACGUAUUCGUCGUUAGUGUCCCCAAGUAUAAAAGUUCCAUCUGAGCAUGAAGUAUUGGUGGGAUAUUACCAAAGAUUCAGUAACGAAAAAAGUGGGAGCGUUUACUAUAGAGAAACGGAGGAUGUCAGAACACUUUCCAAAAUAACACAAGAAAUACAAUCGUAUCUUCUUGAUUCUUCUUACCUCGCUACUUCAGCUAUUAUUGUCACUUAUAUGAACCUAUCCACUGUCAAACACGAAUCAUUAAAACAUACCUUUCAAAUUAUCAUUGCAUAUAAUGGCAAGACUAGCAUUGCAAUAGCAAACUAUAUAAGACUUGAUUCAAAGGGUACCUUUGCCGGCUAUUCCAUAAACUCAUGCAAAACAAUAUCAUUUGUUUCUGCUGAAUUUAGCAACGAGUUAGUGAAAACGUCAAAUGUUGCACAUCGAGGAAAGUACAUAUAUAAACUUACAACGACAUUUUGUGCCACACUGACAGAUUUAUAUCCUUGGGGAAUAACUGUCGGUGAUAAAUUUUCAACUCGUCCUCAAGGUGAGUUGAUAUUAAGUAAGCCAAUGCUGCUGUUUUCAAGGAGAGCCAGCUACGUUCAUAUCGGUAGAUACGCAAUUGGAAUUGAUAAGAAGUAUGAUGUACCACGUUCAGAUUUUCGUAUUAUGGGAGAAACUAAACUGACUGAUUCGGAUGUAAUGGUAAUACCGUAUCAAACCAGAGUGCCGUCAAUCUUUUAUUUUAAUAUUUACUUCAGAGAAACCUUCGAUCAAAGAUUUUUAAAAUUGGUAGCCAAAGAUGUCCAACUGUUUACAAAGACAGACUUUAAUGCCACACAAGCCAUUGUAGUAACGUAUAUGGCUAGGGAAGGAGAGGUUACAAAGUUUAGGACAUAUCAAUUAGUCCUGAUAAGCGAUGGCGAAAAAACAUAUGCUGUGUUGACAUACCUUUACGUACCAUCUCGCUACGCAAGGAGUGGAUACUCAGAGCCAUUUUGUGCAAAGAAAUAUUUGCAAUCAUAUACAAAGUAUUUAAGAAAAACUUCUAAUAUUGGAAGACGUGGCCGUCACAUAUUCUUACUAACGGCGAACUGUAAGAUGGCAGACCUUUAUCCUUACGGAACAGACAUGGGUGACAAUUUUUUAAGCAAGCAACGCAAUACACUCAUGAGAUUUAAUUUGAGUAGUGCAACUUUAUUGUUUUCGACCAAAGUAUCUUUUUUAUAUAUAAGUUCGAACGGCUAUAUAUCGACUGAUUUUCUUAAUAAUACACGUGGAAUUGCUUUUGAAACAGAUGUAGUUAUUCUGGCGCCAUACCAUGCAGAUUUGGAUCACACAGUUUCAGGAAACGUUUUCUACCGGGAGGAGAACAGCACGACUUUUCUUAACACGAUAAGUAAAGACGUACAGUUACUUACAAAUGAUGAUUUCGCAGCUACAUAUUCAUUUGUUGUCAGUUAUAUAAAUGUAGCUGCUUACGGUAAUCCUUUAAGGAAGUUUACAUUUCAGAUAGUGUUGGUAAAUAAUGGUACUGUAAGUUAUGUCGUGCUGAAUUAUAUAAAUAUGGAUGAAUCUAAACAUUUCAGUGGAUAUAAAGAAGGAAUAUGUAACCAGAACACAGAACUAUCAAGAAUUCGCAAAUUCACAAGAUUUUCUAAUGUGGGAAUUGGAGGAAGGGUUAUUUAUCAGUUAUCUUCGCCUUACUGUUCUGCUAAGAGGGUACCAAUCUUUUAUCCAUAUGGAGAAGCUCUAGGUGAUUUUGCGAUAACGAGUGAGGGCAGAUUGAAUGACUUUCCAUUAAGUCGCCAGAUGCUGUUUUUCUCCAGUAAAGUUUGGCUCUUAUACGUAGAUGUUAACGGAUUCAUAUCUACAUAUAACGGACAUGAAUUAGGGGAGGAUUACCGACAUCUGCAUGUUUUCUUAGAAGUAUAUCACAAAAAGCUGUCAACUUCCGGCGGUGGAAGAGUAUACUGUCGUGAAACAUUUAAGGAGAGUGAACUAGCCAUGUUAUCUAGGGACAUUGAAGCUCACACAAAAACAAACUAUGCAGCAACACAGGCCGUUAUCGUGACGUAUUACAAUUUAAAUGACACAGAAACUCCACCAGCCUAUUACACCUUCCAAGUUGCUCUUGUGACCGACGACUUUGUAACUUAUGUUAUAUUGAAUUAUAUACAGCUUGGGAAUUCUGGAGGAAUUGUUGGUUAUCGUGAACCAUAUUGCUCUCAAUUAUCCAUUAUUGAACCAGAGAGGAGCAAGAAUCUUUUAAAAGACAGCAACACUGGAAAACCUGGUCAACAUAUAUUUAAAUUAACUACAAAAUGUCGUAAAGCUGAUCUUUAUCCUUAUGGAUCAAGUUAUGGGGAUAAGCUGCUUCCGAGAGGAAAAGAGCUGGUGGAGCACUAUCAACUAAAUCAACCAAUGCCACUUUUUUCGAGUCCUUCUAGAGACUUAUACAUCAGCAGUAAUGGUAACAUAGGCAUCAAUCAGCCACGGUAUGGCGUUCUAAGGAGGUUUGAUGGAGAAAGUACAAUGAUAGUGCCCUACUCUUUAGAAUUUGACACUUCCAUAAGUGGCAAUAUAUAUUACCGGGAAACACUAGAGCCUGAUAUCUUACACAGAACGGAAAUCGAUGUACAAUUGCUGCAUCAGAAUUUCACGCCAACUCAGGCAGUGAUUGUAACAUAUCACGAAGUCCCAUUACGUAGUGAUCCAUUGUUAAAACACACUUUCCAAGUUAUUAUUGCUUCAAACGGUACCCUAACAUACGCAGUAUUUAAUUUCAUCAAACUUGAUCGAAGCCAUGGCUUGUUUGGAUUUGCAGAGAAAUUUUGCUACAUUAAAGAGCAAGAAGCGAAUCCAUUCACACAUAACUUAUCAGAAGACACUAAUGUAGAUACAAAGGGGAAAUUUGUGUAUUUGUUAACAAGAAAAAAUUGCAAAGAAAACGAGAAUGGACUUUACCCAUAUGGAACCUUCCACGGUGAUCAAUAUAUGAAAAAUAUUGACAAUUAUGCAGAAGGUUUUGCCUUACGCUCGGAAAUGUAUCUGUUUUCGAGGAAGAGCAGAAAAAUAUGGAUUAGUACCAAUGGAGUUAUUGCUGUAGAUGCCUAUAUAAAUGAAAGAAAAGUUACCUUACCUUUCAAACAAAAUACAAUUUUAGCUGUAUAUAAUGUAGACCUGGACAAUCGGUAUUCCGGAACAAUUUACUACAGGGAAAGUACAGAAGAGAAUAUCUUAAACCGUGCAAGUAAAGACAUAACGCGUCUUACUGAGCAAAAAUUUGUAGUUAACCAAACCGUGAUUGUUAGUUACAUACACGUUGCCUCUCACAAUAAUCCAACAGAAAGGCAUACAUUUCAAGUAAUACUUGCUUCUGAUGGAACAGAUACAUACGCCAUUUUGAAUUAUAAAGUAUUGGAGACUGAUGAAGCUACAGUCGGUGUAUCAGAACGCUAUUGCGGUUGGACACGGUUUCUCGAACAAACACAGUCAUCCAGAUCGUUAACAGCUUCAUCAAACGUUGGAGUAAAUGGGAAAUACGUGUACUUGCUUACCUCACGGAAGUGUUUAAAAGCUGAUUUAUAUCCAUACGGAGAAGCAAAUGGAGACACAAGAAUGAAGAAUGGUGACAACUACGCAGAGAUGUUGAAAUUAAGCAAACCAAUGCUGUUGUUUUCAAAGCAUGCCACAAAUCUAUUCAUAAACACGAAUGGCGUAAUAUCUGUCAAUAGCAGCGUGACCACGUCAAUAACUAUUCCUUAUUUCCACACACUGCUUGCACCUUACCAUACUGAUUUAGAUACAAAUAUAGGUGGCUCAAUAUUUUACCGAGAAACAUUUAGGGAAGACGUGUUAAACAAAACUAAUAGUGAUGUUCGACGAUACGGUGUAAAGAACUUCACGUCAACUCAAGCAGUUGUAAUAACUUACCUUGAUGUGGCACAUCAUGAUAACGCUAGUAAAAAACACACCUUUCAAAUCAUUCUAGCUACAAACGGAAACGAAACAGCAAGCAUCUUAAUAUACAAAAGGCUUGAUCAAAAGAGUGCUGUUUCUGGAUAUUCAGAAAAUUUGUGCCUUUGGAUGAUGUUCAAUAUUCUGUACAGAUACUACCCAUCAUAUUUCGUCCAUUUAUCCAAUGUUGGCAUCCGAGGCAAAUACGUGCUCAUUCUUACACACAAUAAUUGUUAUGAAGCUGACCGAUUCAAAGCGGACAUGCCAACAGAUGUUAGAGUAACAAGAAAAGGUUACGAUUUUGUUGAGUUGCGCUGGAAACACUAUAGCUCUUUUGAUGCAUACUAUCAACAUCGUUUUGUACUGUACGUCGAGUCCAAUGGCGACUGGUUGGCAAGACGAUAUGUCUACACGUCGAGGUUUGCUAGGAUAGAAGGAUUGCAACAAAAUAAGACAUAUCAUCUUUCAUUAUACUCGGAAAGAGCAGGAUUUUUUAUGCAAGCCGGGUUUUUUGUAAGCAUUGACGUUGAAACGGUACCUCUAUUACCGGUCACAGACGUCCGUAUAAGAUCAGUUGGAUUGCAAAGUUACAUUCAGUGGACAGUUCCCAUUGAGUUACUACAGGAUGUUGUGAUAGCGCACUUUUUGGUGAUACACAACCAAAAUUCUCCUAUAGGGAACUCCUCCACCAGAUUUAUGCUUAACGUUUGUGAAAAUCAGUAUGAGAUAAAUGAAACAGAUCAAUCUGUAAGCAAUAUUACCAUCAUGCCAACUAUCGAUCAUUACAUAGGACCAAAGAAAAAUAAAAGUUACGUAUUUUACCUAGAUAAGAAAGCGCAAAUUGAUGAAUCGGAAAUGGUAGCAAUUAUUGGUUCCGCUAUGGCAAUGAUUUUAGUCGCUACUGUUGUGACGGUGUAUAUUUGGGAUCGAAGAAAUAAGAAAACCAGACGAAAUCUUUUUCUAUUUAGUACUGGUACGACGACGCUUGAUCCAAACAAUACAAUCUUGGAGCAAUCUGGCAGUAUUAACUACGAUAAAAAAUUUGAAUUUCCAAGGAAAAACAUUAACUUAGUGCGACAGCUUGGUGAUGGUGCUUUUGGUGAAGUUUGGUUAGCAACUGCUAGAGGGCUGAAUAGAUUCGAUCCCCGUGGAGGGAAACGCAAAUUUUCACUUCUGGGAAGAAAAGAUAUGAUUGUUGCAGUAAAGUCUUUGAAAGGUAAUGCUAGGGAAAACGAAUACAGGGAUCUAGCCAAUGAACUGAAGCUACUCAUUCACAUUGGGGAACAUCCACAUAUUGUAAAUUUACUUGGUGCUUGCACUAAAAGAAAUAACCUUUUGGUUAUCCUUGAGUAUUGCUCAGAAGGAGCUCUUUUCAAUUAUCUUCGUUUAAAAAGAGAUGAUUUUGAGGAAGUUUGGACUUGUGGUGGAAGUGUAAACAUAACAUUGUAUGACUUAACUUUGAUGGCUGUACAAGUUGCUGAUGGAAUGGUGUUUUUAGAAAAGCAACAAGUUGUGCACCGAGAUUUAGCGGCAAGAAAUAUACUUUUAACUGAAAGGAAAAUUGCUAAGAUAUCGGACUUUGGUCUUGCAAGGACUGCUGACCAAAAAGAAAGUGAGGAUAAAGAAGCAGGAGGUCUUCUCCCGUUUAAGUGGAUGGCACUGGAAUCCCUACAAAACCAGCAGUUUUCUUCGAAAAGCGACGUUUGGUCUUAUGGAGUCUUACUAUGGGAAAUCUAUUCACUUGGUACCACACCAUACUCCGAACUAAACAAUGCAAAUGUGAUGGCAUUUGUAAAGUCGGGUAAACGGAUGAAAAAACCGGAAUAUUGUGACAAUACAGUGUACGAAAUGAUGCUUAGAUGCUGGUCAGCUCCACCAGAAAUGCGACCAGAUUUCGUUGACAUAAAAAACGAGUUGGAACAGACACUGAAAUUUCACGUGAAUUUAUAAAUGGAAAGUAGAAUUGCUCCAUGGAAAUUAAUUAUGACAUGACUUAGCACCGAAACGUUUAUGAAAGCAGCAAAAAAAAACUUUCUGGAAAAAUAAGCAGAAAAUCUUUUUGCGUAAUAUUUAUAUUGUACCAUUUUCUUUAUAAGCAAGAUAAUGUAACGAAAUAAAGUAACCCAUCUCAUUACCAGGGA